UUUACAGGCGUUAAAACUCUUCCCGGCCCGGAUAUCGGGGGAAGGGGCUCAAGCGAAAGCGGCCGCUUCCCGCCGCUCCUCUCAGCCGCACAAAAUGUCCGCCGCCCCCUAACGGUCGCUACCUGACGCCAGGCGCCGCCGGCAGCUCGCGCCCUGCCCCUGUGGCGGGGGGGGGCGCGAGCUGCCGGUGGCGCCUGGCGUCAGGUGGCGCCGCCUCCACCUGGGAUCUCAACCCCUCGCCGGUCAGCGGAGCCGAGCGGAGCCGCCGGAGAGCAAGGAAGAGUCUUUUAAAAAACUUCCUGUUGGAAUGCCUCACAUCAAUGCAGCUGCAGCUCUGCAGAUCUGUGUGCUGCUGUCUGCGCUUCCUGCACAAUAUUUCAUAUCUCAGUGGUACGGGACGGACUCUGUUCAGCGCAUCCAAAUAACAGAAAGGAUAAUUGCCUCCUGGAGCAGCUUUACAAAAUCUUACUUGAGUCUGGAUGCGUGGGCAGAUCGUUUAAAGCUGUGGCUAUCAAAGACAAGGAAUUGGUACUAUGGAGAAAAGAAAACUAAAAUUGGCGACAAUGAAGCAGAAACUCAUUCUUAUUUUGCAGAAUCGAGUCACGUUCGCAGCCCAAAGCCUGAAUAUAUUCAGUUCAGUGUGGGACAGGUAAUAGUUCAUAAAAGAUUUGGCUAUUCAGGAGUCAUUGUUGGAUGGGAUGUAAAAGCUAAAGCUCCAGAAGAAUGGCUACGACACAAAUAUCCUCCAGCAAAACAGGAUCUAAAAGAUACUCCUCACUAUCGAAUUCUAAUUAACAAAGCAAAUGGAUUUGGCAAAUCUACAGCUUACAUUCCUGAGGAAGAGAUAACAAUUAUUAUGGGAUUAGAGGUGCACCACCCUGAUAUGAAAGCCUAUUUCAGUGGAUAUGAUGGAUCAAAAUAUAUUAUGCAGCCAUGGUUGAAAAAAAUCUAUCCUCAUGACUGAAGUACAAGUGUUUGUACAUGUAAAGUACACCCAGACAACAGAUAUCCUUUUUAAACAUGAGAUGCCAGAAUAAAACUUAUGUAUAUUUUUCCUAUGAUGAAAUAAAACAUUCCUAAGCAUGUUUUAUGUUGAAUGAUCCGUUUCGUUAGAAGUGAAAGCUGUACAUGUUCAGUUUACCAUGACUUGGAAUGGGGAUUAAUUUUCUUCCACAUUUGGGAGGAAAGGUUUAAAUCUAUCCCAGUUGCAGCUAGGAGUACC